AUGUCUCAACCAAUGCUUGGAUGCCAGAUCGCCCCGCAAUAUCAUCACGAAUAUGACUCCAGCUCAUCCGGGGACUCCGACACAGGAGAGCGAGCCCUCGCAGCUACAGACUCUGCUUGCGCACAGCAGGAAGCCACCAUUUUCCAAAGCGAGACGAACAACGGUAUCAAUUCUGUUUCAAGCAGGCCGACAACACUACAGCGUGGCCGCACGAAGAGCAGCCGCCGGAUCGAACUCGAGCAGAAGCCCGUUGGAUUUUUCCACUCGUCCAUGGCCGGCGUCAGGUUACAUGUAAUCAAGCUCUGGUUCCGGACGAAUCUCAUCCUCGCUAUCGCUAUCAUGGCCUUCUUGUGUCUCUUUUGGGGUGCAUUGUUUCGUCAGAAUGCGAAUGUUAAAAGCCUGAGCAUCUGGGUUGUCGAUUUCGAUGGUCAGCCGCCUUAUGCAGGGGUCACACCAUUCGUGGGUCCGUUCGUUACUCAGGCUAUUCACGACAUCAUCGACGAGGGUGGCGUGGUGCCCGGUUAUACGUUUGCUUCACCUGGGGACUUCGACAACGAUCCACUCAGGGUACGAGACAAUGUCUACGACUUUCACGCAUGGGCGGCCGUCAUCAUCAACCCCAAUGCAACAGCGAUGCUUGAGGCAGCAGUGAGGCAGGGAAACGCGAGUUACGAUCCCUUGGGGGCUUGCCAGAUCAUCUAUAACUCUGCGCGUGAUCAGACUACGUCCUCGACUUACAUCUUACCUAGCAUGAACACGCUCCAAAAGCGCGUUGUGACCGAUUUUGGUCGCGCGUGGAUCACACAUCUCCUCCAGAACAAUCUCUCGGUCAUUGACAUGCACGUCGACGUUUCGCCCCAAGCUCUCGCUCCAGGAAUCGAAUUCGCAGUGUAUGAUCUCCGCCCUUUUGGGCCAUCUAUCGCGACACCCGCGUAUCUCUCGCCUAGAGGUCAUCCACCGCUGCACUUCUACCAGCUCAUUAUCUGGCGUUAUGUCGCAACAGUCGCGUCUUACUUUCUACUCUCGCUCGUCUAUUCCCUCGUCAGCCUUGCCUUUCUCAUGCCUAUGGACCAUCCCAAAGCAGCCCACGAUCAGCCCGCCAAUAACCCCAACGCAUACGGUAGCGGUACGUUUGUGGUAUACUGGAUGGUCAACUGGAUCGGUAUGACCGCGUUUGGUCUGGCGAGCGAGAAUAUGGCCAUGCUUUUGGGAACCCCCUGGACAGCUCUGUGGUUGAUCUUCUGGGUGAUCAGUAAUGUCGCGACUGGAUUCUACGCUCUCGAACUUGCACCCGGCUUUUAUCGCUGGGGUUAUGGAUGGCCUAUGCACAACGUGGUUGAGCUCACCCGAUCCAUCCUGUUUGAUCUACAUCCACGCGUCGGCUUGAACUUUGGCGUCUUGUUCGCUUGGGUCACGACAGGCACGGUACUAUUCCCGCUCUGCUGCUAUUACAUGAGGUGGAAUACAGCGCGGGCUAAGAAGAAUGCAGCUAAAGCUGAGGCGGAUUGGCAUGCGAGAAUGGAAAAGGAGAGGGAAGAGCCUGGCUUGUUAGCAAGAGUCACUACGUUGGGAGAUAAGAGGGGCCGAUAG